AUGCCGACCGUCGCUGUUGACAAAGAGGAGCUCAGGAGGCGACUAGGACGCGAAUACUCUGCAGACGACUUUGACCAGCUGCUGUUUGACUUUGGACUUGAGCUUGAUGAGGAUACCACGGAGGAGGUAGAGGCUGCGCGGAAGAAGGGUCUACCUGCUGAGCGUCCACAACUCAAGAUUGAAAUUCCUGCGAACAGGUACGACCUCUUGUGCAUUGAAGGCAUCACUCGUGCGCUCCGAGUAUUUCUGGGCCUGGACAAGCCACCACAGUACAAGAUUGUAUACCCCAAAGGUGGAAAGUCAGAUCUGAUCACCGUCACUGUUGCUCCUGAGACGAAACAGAUCCGGCCGUUCUUCGCGUGCGCAGUGUUGCGCAAUGUGAAGUUCACUCAGCUCUCAUACGACUCCUUCAUCGAUCUGCAGGACAAGCUGCACCAAAACAUCUGCAGGCGGCGCCAAUUCGUCGCGAUCGGUACGCACGAUCUGGACACCCUCACGGCCCCCUUCAGGUAUGAGGCUCGACCGCCGAAGGACAUCAAGUUUGUUCCCUUGAACAAGGACCAAGCUUACACUGCGGAGGAGCUUAUGACUGUUUAUGAAUCUGAGAAGCACCUUGCGCGCUACUUGCCAAUCAUUCGCGAUUCGCCGGUAUACCCAAUCAUCUACGAUACUAACGAUACCGUGCUCUCCAUGCCGCCAAUCAUUAAUUCGGAACACAGCAAGAUCACACUUAACACGCGGAAUGUGUUCAUUGAUAUCACUGGGACGGACGAGACAAAAUUGAACAUUGUGGCCAAUAUCGUCACGACCAUGUUCUCGGAAUACUGCGAGGAGCCCUUCACCAUCGAGCCUUGCAAAGUCAUCUACUCAGAUGGGGCCACCCACAUCACGCCAGAUCUCUAUUACCGGCCCUCAAUAGCACAUGCAUCCUAUGUCAAUUCUUGCACGGGCCUCAAUCUCAACGCAACGGAGGUCGCAAACCUGCUCGAGCGUAUGACGCUCUCAGCAUCGCUCUCCUCCGAAAACCCCGACGAGGUGCUCGUCCAGAUCCCGCCGACACGACCGGACAUCUUGCACGAGUGCGAUCUCAUGGAGGACGCUGCGAUUGCAUACGGUUUCAACAACCUGCCCGAUACCUUCCCGUCGACGAGCACCGUCGCUCAGCCGCUUGCGAUCAGCAAGCUAAGCGACAUCGUCCGGAUAGAGUGGGCGUUGGCGGGGUGGGUGGAAGUGCUUCCCCUCAUUCUGUGCGCGCACGAAGAGAACUUUGAUUGGAUGAACCGCAAGGACGAAGGCACGCAGGCCGUGCGCAUCGCGAACCCAAAGACGCUCGAAUUCCAGGUCGUGCGCACGUCGCUGCUGCAGGGCCUGCUCAAGACGAUCCGCGAGAACCGCUCGCACCCGCUCCCGAUCAAGGUGUUCGAGACCUCCGACGUCGUGUUCAAGGACCCCACGCGCGAGCGCCAGACGCGCAACGUGCGCCACGCCGCCGCGGUGUGGUGCAAUCGCACGGCAGGGUUCGAGGUCAUCCACGGCCUGCUCGACCGCAUCAUGCAGAUGCUCGAGGUGCCCCGCAUCUCGAGUACGGACAGCAAGGCAGUGACGGGGUACUACAUCCAGGAGCGACAUGACCCGACCUUCUUUCCCGGACGUGCGGCGACGAUCUACUACCGCGCGCCGCCGAAUGGCAAGAGCACGCUGAACAACGUGAUGCGCGAGCUCAAGGCUGCCAUCGGCAUGCCGGGAGAUCAGGAGAUCGGCGUGCUCGGCAUCCUGCACCCCACCGUGCUGGAGAAGUUUGAGAUUCCGUACCCGUGCUCUGCGGUCGAGUUCACGCUCGAGCCGUUCAAGAAGGAGAUGCAGACCGUAUGGACCAACGCGGACUGA